GAGUGUGUAUGGUUUGGGUGGGUUCGACCUUAUUUGGGUGGUUUAAUGAAUAAUUUUAUGGUCAAGAGUUAAUGAUUAUGUGGAAAAAAAAUUAGUUUUUUUAUUUUGACCGUUAGUCAAACUAACAGAAAUUUACACAGAUGCCCUAAUUAGUAAGUUUAAUGGUACCCGACGCCCUAUUCUUAUUUUAGUGGUAUACCUUCCCCAAUUCGAAAACUUUAGUGGCACGAGAGGUAUUUUACCCGGAAAACGAUGAGCAGAUUUUAUUUCCCCAACCUUUCUCUCUUGAGGAUGAUGUGGCGCGGAGGUGGCAAUUCUAGUUCUAGUCUAAUUGGCAACGACGUGGCGUCCAAAUGGCAGCCACCUCAGCAACGCGAAUUGGUAACUGACGGCGUCCCUAACGGCGUUAGAUUUUAUAACGGAAAUGGCUAUAAUUGUCAAGCAUUUUUAAAUUUUUGGCUAUUUCUGUAUAUUUUUCAAAAAAUUUGGCUAUAUUUGUCAUAAAGUGUAAAGUUUUGACUAUGAAAGUGUAUUUUGUCAUAAAUUUAUUAUUAAAUUUGUUUAUAUAUAUAUAUAUGUCUUUUAUGUUAUAGCGUAAGAAUGGUUAACCAAAAAUUAAGAAGAGUUAUUUCCACUAAUCCCCGAACCCUAUUCACCUAGACACAUCUGACUGUUCACCUAGACCCAUAACUACUAUUCAUUUUGUUCCCAUUGGUUGAUUGGCUGCGCUGGGCCCAGGGUUGCUGGCGAUGGAUGCCGCGUGGUUCGUUGGCCCUCUGUCGUAGUUGCGUGGUCAUCUGAUCCCCUCUCUCUUACUGCCUGUAUCUGCUUCGGGUGUCGCGUCGGCCUCAGGUCGUGGCUGAUGUCCACCACCGUCUCCCCUAUCGUCCUUCCUGUCUCUCUCGCGAUCCUUCUCUCUCACUAGUGGGUUGAGUGGCCAUCGAUUUUUUGGGUACGUGAUACAGAGGGGAUGCGAGACAGAGGUGAGUGGUCACUAACCCUUUUGAUUGACACAACUUUUUGGCUUGUAGAGAGAUGAGAGAGAGGGUCAGCGAAUAGGGAGGUCUUCUCAUCGUGGUUUCUUUCGUUUCCCAUCAUGAUUACUAUUAGACUAAAAAACGAUAGGAUAUAUAUCAAUAUUAUCACUCUUCCUCUUCUCUCUCAGUUCUCUCAACAUCCCUGCAUCAUCUCAUCUCUCCUCUCUCUCAUCUCAGCUCCGUGGUCUUUGCAUCUCUUUCUCUCAUCUCAUCUCUCUCCCCUAACCUGUUCUUGCUCCCAUCUCAUUUGAUGGAUUUCUUCACAAAAGCUCUGAUCAAAUUGUUUCUUUCUUCCCUUCUCACCUUCAAAUUCGUCCUGAGAACACCAGAAACAGAGAGGAAACAAAAAACAAAAAACGACCAAAGCAGUCUUGGAGACGACGAUUCUGGUGAUCAAGAGAGGCAAUUGAGGUGCCUUCAGCUAAUCAGGAGCUAUCUGGAGCUGUGGAGAUCAAAACUUUAAUUUCUACCCUCUUUUCAUUCUUCUCUCCUCCCGACUGCUUUCUCUCUUCUUUUCUCUCUGCGCUGGGUUUUCUUCUCUCUUCUUAGGGAAUGGCGGACUUGAAGCGAUCGGCGGGUUUGAGAGGUCCGGAGGAGAUCCACACCAGCUGGCAAUGCAUUUGAUUUCAGGUUAUUCAUCAUUCUCUCUGUUAAGUUUGCUUUACUCUUUUUGCAGUACCCUUCAUCAUCUUUUGUUCUCAUCAUGUUCUCUCUUCCCUCUCAACCUGCCAGAUCGAACAGCCACAUGAGAACUGCCGAACACCCAUCGACGACUAUGACUAUAGCAAGAGUCUCAAUGAAUCUCAGGUAUUUUAUCUCUUUAUUUCCUUCGGUUCAUAUAUGAGUUUUUUUAUGGAUUUGAUUUUAGGUUCUUUUUUACUUCCAUAUCUGCUGAUAGGUGCAACGAACCGCUCUCACUUGUAGAUUCGCUGCAAUUAGAGCCGAGGUAAUUGUGGGAUUAAACGGUGAUUUCUCAUCUCUAAUACAUGUUAUCGCUUUCUGCUUCUUGUAGAUUGAGUCUAGCGCGAGACUCCGACGAAGAUCCCUUCUUCUUUUAGUUUGAUUGAAGCUCUGUAUAACCCUAAUUUUGGUUUUGAUAAGAACAAGUGAAGAGAAUAGGGUAAACUGAAGAACAAAUCGAUACAAGGGGUAGAAUGAUUUCCCUUUCGUGUUAACCAAAACGACAACGAAAUCGGAACUGAAUCUUGAGAUGAAUUGGGCUUGGUUCAUUCUCAAUCUAUCCGUGUAACUUGGCCCAAUUAACUUGAUUUGUACGCUGAGUUUUAAGGACUCAGUUUCCUUCCUUUCUCCUUAAGCAAGUCGAUCAAACCUGUUCUGCACAAGAACCCAAACACGAACUAAACCAAGAACACUGAUAAGAACUGGAAAUAAACUGAAACAAGAUAAGAACACAAAUAAACACGGACACAGUAUUUUUACGUGGUAUCCGGUGUUAGGUGAUUAAUGAACCUAACACCAACUAAUCCACGGUCGAAGGAUCUCUGAUUUAAGCAUAGUUAGUAAAUACUCCGUUUAAUACACGUAUAUGUACCCAUAAGUACUUUAUCCGUUUAAAACUUCCGUAUCCGUAUUAUUUUCAAGUCGUUUCAUUUGUUUCCGUUCAUUUGACGGCUUCCGUACUAAACACAUAUAAAACCCGUAUAACACGUUUAAUAUCCGUAUUUAAUGAAUUAAAUUAUUAACA